UGCCUACGACUCGUUCAACGUAACGGUAAGCAGGCAAAGCGAAGCGCGCCAGCAAACGACGACGUUGGCGCCUGACGUCGGCGUCGUGGGCGUCGUUGUCGUCGUAUACAUCUCCGAGACGCUAACCGUGACCAUAAACGUUGCCACAGAACGUUAUCGCGAGGACUCCCUGACAGCAAGGUGCGCGCGCGCGACUCUACGCAAAGUUUUUCUGGUUUUUUAUUCAGUGUUGUUAAACGGAGGCAGAAGUGAAGCGACAGACAAAACUAGAGCCUGUUCAAUAUCGUUAAUAUUGUUCAGUGCUAUUUAAUAGAGGCAGAAGUUGAACAACAAACGAAACCAGAACUAUUCUAUUUAGUGUUGUCUAACAGAGGAAUAAGUGAAACAAUAAUAACUUGUUCAAUAUCGAUUUUAUUGUUGGCUCUGCAGACUGAUCGUCUGAUCCGGAACCAGAACUAUUCCAAUAUCGUUAUAACUGUUCAGUGUUGUACGCAAAGUUUUUGUGGUUUUUUGUUCAGUGUUGUUGAAAGGAGGCAGAAGUGAAGCGACAGACAAAACUAGAGCCUGUUCAAUAUCGUUAAUAUUGUUCGUUGCUGUUUAACAGAGGCAGAAGUUGAACAACAAACGAAACCAGAUCUAUUCUAAUAUCGUUAUAAUUGUUCAGUGUUGUCUAACAGAGUGUUGUAUAACAAUUAGAACUAGUUCAAUAUCGAUUUUAUUGUUGGUACUGCAGACUAAUCGUCUGAUCCAGAACCAGAACUAUUCCAAUAUCGUUAUAAUUGUUCAGUGUUGUACGCAAAGUUUUUCUGCUUUUUUGUUCAGUGCUGUUUAACAGAGGCAGAAGCUGAACAACAAACGGAACCAGAACUAUUAUAAUAUCGUUAUAAUUGUUCAGUGUUGUCUAAAAGAGGAAGAAGUAAAACAAUAAAAACUAGUUCAAUAUCGAUUUUAUUGUUGGUACUGCAGACUAAUCGUCUGAUCCAGAACCAGAACUAUUCCAAUAUCGUUAUAAUUGUUCAGUGUUGUCUAACAGAGGAAGAAGUGAAACACUAAGAACAAGUUGAAUAUCGAUUUUAUUGCUGGCACUGCAGACUGAUCGUCUGAUCCUGAACACCGAAAUGUACAGUGCCAGCGCUGAAGAUGCGGCCAGUGCGGCGGCCACCUACAAGGCGCUGCUCGACUAUUACGCCAACGCACGCAGCGCUGCCAGUCACAUUGUCUCGCUCACGCUGGCGCCGCUCAACGAGUCGCUGUCUCUGGGAUUGGUCGAUUCCGGCAAUGGGAAUGCCAGCGGCAAUGCGAAUAGCAGCGCCAGCUAUGAGGAUGAUGCACUUGUCGCCGGAAAUAUCUUUUUGAUCACCGAGGGCGUGGCCACCGAAUCGAGCCGCGGAGCUGCAGCUGCAGCUGCGAAUGGAACUGCCGUCGGCAGCGGCCGCAGCAGCAGCAGCAGUGCUCCCACUGAGAUGCCUGCUUGGCUUAUACCCAGCUAUAGCCUGAUCCUGCUGUGCGCUGUGGUUGGCAAUCUUUUGGUCAUUUCAACGCUGAUGCAGAACCGUCGCAUGCGCACAAUUACCAAUCUCUUCCUGCUCAACUUGGCCAUUUCGGACAUGCUGCUGGGCGUGCUCUGCAUGCCCGUUACACUUGUUGGGACUCUAUUGCGCAAUUUCAUCUUUGGCGAGUUUCUCUGCAAGCUCAUACAGUUCGCACAGGCGGCUUCAGUGGCCGUCUCCUCGUGGACCUUGGUGGCCAUCAGUUGUGAACGUUAUUACGCCAUAUGCCAUCCGCUGCGCUCGAGGUCCUGGCAGACAAUAAGCCAUGCCUAUAAGAUAAUCGGGUGCAUAUGGCUCGGGGGCAUUUUGUGCAUGACGCCAAUAGCGGUAUUCAGUCGAUUGAUACCCACAAGUCGGCCAGGAUUCUGCAAAUGCCGCGAGCACUGGCCUGACCAGGGCUACGAGCGCUUCUACAACAUUAUGCUGGAUCUUAUUCUGCUCGUCCUGCCGCUGCUGGUGCUGUGUGCCGCCUAUAUACUCAUUACGCGAACUCUCUAUGUGGGCAUGGAUGUGGGCAAGGAUGCCCGAAUGCCGGCUAGCAGUGGCAGCGCCCAAACGGUGGCCACGGCGGCCAUUGCCGCCACGCCCGGCAGCAGCAGUUGCGUGCUGGUCCUGAAUGCCGCCAGCGAGUACAAUGAGAGCAGCAACAACAACAAUGGCGCCACGACAAGCACAGCAACAGCAGCAACAGCAGCAACAACAGCAACAGCAACAACGACACUUACAACGAUAACAACAACAACGACAUUAACAACUGUGACACCGGCCAAGUCCUCGAACGCCUCGCCAAGUUUGCGUAUACACGAUGCGGCAUUGCGCAGAUCCAACGAGACCAGGACGCUGGAGAGCAAGAAGCGCGUGGUGAAGAUGCUGUUCGUGCUGGUUCUAGAGUUCUUCAUCUGCUGGACGCCAUUGUAUGUGAUUAAUACGCUGAGCAUGUUUAUUGGACAGGCGCUGUACGAAUACAUUGACUACACCACGAUCAGUUUCCUCCAGCUGCUCGCCUAUUCCUCGAGCUGCUGCAAUCCGAUCACCUAUUGCUUCAUGAACGCUAGCUUUCGGCGCGCUUUUGUGGACACGUUCAAGGUCUUGCCAUGGAAGCGCAACGGCGCAGCGGCCGGCGCUCUCUCGGCCAGCCAGGUGGGCGUGCCCAAUCCCAAUCUCAAUCCCGGCCUGGCCAUGGGCAUGGACACCUGGCGUUCGCGCUCCCGCAACGAUCAGGUGCUAAACUCGGUGGUGUACACAAACAGCGCCGCCGCCGCCGCGGAUAGUCCACAACUUUAAGGAGGAGGGUUAGG